GCACAACUUGAAUGGAAGCAGUUAGAUGUCAGACAAAUCCUGAUAUGUGUGAAACUGGUUGAUCUUUCUUACUGUCCUCCCUCCUGGUUUGAAUUAUCUCUUUACCAGCUCCUCUUAUCUCUUCCGUAAGAACAUGAAAAACGCCCAACUGGAGGAGACCAAGGAUCCAUCUAGUCCAGCAUCCUGUUUCCAACCAGGGACAGCUAGCUACCUCUGGAAAAACUCACAAGCAGGACGAGAGGGCAAUAGCCUUCCCCUGUUUAUCCCCAGUAUCUGGAAUCCAGAAAUACACUGGUUCAGAUCCUGGAAGUUCCAUUUAGCUAUCAUGGCUAAUAGUCUUGGUAUUGGCUAACAUUAAUAGUAUUUAUAGUUCUCACUGGGCUGGGGCCAAAGCACAUGCUUUGCAUGCAGAGGGUCCCGGGUUCAUAUGAGGCAGAGUGAAGUGAUCAUUUCAGGUGGCAGAUUGUUGGGGUGGCAGCAGGACAGCAAGAUCCUGCCCCCCGCCCUGCCCCCCCACCCCCCGUCGCUACUGCCAUCAGAGCAGCUCUUCAGGUCCGAUCUGACCCUUGCAAGCUUUGAAGAAGCACCUCUCUUCACUCUCCUUGCAGACCCUCUAAGAGAGACAAGGAUUGAAGAGGAGGCUGCUGGCAAUUUCCCCUCCACCCCAUUUUCAGUGCUUUUUUAUUAUUACUAACAAUUUACAGUCUGCAGGUCAGUACGCUCUGACCCCCAUGUGUUUGGUCAGGCUCUAUAAAUAAAGUAGGCAUUGCCUAGCAUUAAGGAUUUCACAUAUACAAAGCCGGUUCACAUGACUGCCCCUGGGGCAGGGAGGGAGGAGGUUGGGAAGGCAGGGACAAACCUACUUCCCCCCCACCAAUCAGUAUUUUACUGUGUAAAGCACAGCUCGCCCUCUGCACAACACGCUGCUUCAAGAUUCGAAAUUAGUCCCGGCCUCUGGAUAUCCCACAAUGCACCGCGGGAUGAGCACAGUGCUUUGGGGGAAUCUCUUGUGAGUUGGGUACGCAGCCCGAACACACACAUGGCUGUAUUCCCGCACUCACACCCUCUAACCCCGGUAAAUGGCCAGGUAAAAAACUCGGACUUGUGACUGAGGCAGCGCCAUGCUAGAUUGCUCAUGUGUGCAGCCUCAUAGAGUGCUUGCCUUUGGAUAGUCCAGAGCCAUUACCUGUGGAGAGGUGAGGAACAAAUUGCUUCCUGAAAGAUCCUUUGAAGAGAGAUUGACAGCAAUUCUUUGCCUCUCUAGAAUGGGUGUGAGACAGAAAUGCAAUCACAUGUCUAUGAAAUAUGCACAGAGACAUCUUGUCUUUCUUUACAAGUAAAACUGAGCCAACAUUUUUUUUUACCACACUUUGAUUAGAAUUUGGCAGGCUUACUGGCAUCUGUCUCAGGUCCAGAUCUAAUCCACAAGCUGCUGGUUGACCAUCCUUCUCUCUACAGCAAAUGUUUUCCUAUAAAGGAAAGUCUUUAUUAUGCUUCUUGAACUUGGAAUGAGGUGGCUAGAAACCUUCUGAGCCAAGGAGUUCUGUGGAGAGAAGACCUCUAUAUCUGGUAGCUGCUGACUGAAAUUUAGAAGCAGGUGGAACCACCUUGAGCCAUUUUAGGACAGGCUGUAUAGAAAAAUUAAAAUUAAAUUAAAUACACAUUUACUCCACAGGUUCUCCCAAAGUUCUCAGGACACGGUGGAGUGGGGUGGGGGAGCAACACGCGAAAAGUGUUUCCUCAGAGUUUCAGGGCCCAGAAUAUUUAGUUAUUUAAAGGUUAAAAUCAGCACUUUGAAUUGGGUUUGGAAACUAACUGGUAUUCAAUGCAGCUCUUGGAGAACAAACGUUGCACAGUCUCUCCAGCUGGUGCCUGGCAUCCAUCUCUUCUUCAAAGGUGUAACAGCAAUUUGGCCUGGAGACUUCUACAUAUCGAGGAACAGGAGGGAGAUAUGGCUGAAAGAACCACCUGGCCAAAGAACAACUGCUGCUAGAGCCAUGAUGGUCUCUGCUCCUGGGGUGACCACCCACGCCAUUGAGCAAGUGACUGAAUGCCUUUCCUCCUGCCUAUUCCUGUUCUUCUCUCCAUCUAUGCUGGACCUUGUCCUUGAGUGCAGCAACAAAUAUGGGGUUGAGUGCUGUGGGGACGCUUGGGAGCCCAUCUCUGAAAAUGAACUCUGUGCCUAUCUUGGGCUUCGCAUCUUGGCAGGAGUGUACAGAUCCUGUGGGGAGAGUUUGGAGGAACUGUGGUCCAGCGAGGAUGGUAGACCCGUCUUCAGAGGGACCAUGUCGCUGGGGACCUUCAAAAAAAUCUCAAGGGUUCUGAGAUUUGCUGACCAGGCUCAGUGCCAAAGGACCAGCUGGGGUAACAAACUGGCCCCUGUGGCUGACCUGUGGAACAUGUUUGUGGAAACGCUGCCAAAGUGUUUUGUCCCACAUGAGAACGUGACGAUAGGUGAACAGCUGGUCACCUUCCGAGGUAGUUGUCCCUUCAGACGGUAUAUGCCACCCAAAGCUGCCAAAUACGGAAUAAAAUUCUGGCUGUGUUACGAUUCCGUCACCUCCUAUGUCCUCAACGCUGACAUAUCUACAAAGAGAGAAUGCAGUGCCCUAGCACCAGCGAACUUGGAGGACAUUGUGAUGAAAUUGGCUAAGACUGUGGAGGGAAGUGGAAGAAAUGUCACAACAGGCAACUCAUUUACAAGUGUGGAACUCGCCAGGGAGCUGCUGACAAAACAAUUGACUCUGGUUGGGGCAGUGAAAAAGAACAGGCCAGAGGUUCCACAGGAGUUCCUUGGCAACAGGUCCAGAAGGGCCCACAGUAGCAUAUUUGGCUUCCAAGGAGACCUGACUCUUGUUAGCUAUGUCCCAAAGAGAGGGAAAGCUGUCAUCCUUCUGUCGUCUUUGCACAUGGGCUCUGGUAGAAGUGCCACAGAAGGAAAGCCAGAGGUCCUCCACUUCUACAAUAAAAAAAUCAGCUGCGUGGAGACCUGCAAUCGACUGAUCUCCCUCUACACCACCAAACGGGUUGGAAGGCAUUGGCCCCUGGUUGUGUUUUCCAACAUCCUGGACAUUGCUUGCUUGAACGCUUACAUCAUUUGGAUUUCUUGUCACCCUGACUGGAACGCCACCAGUCAUCGCCGGAGGAGACUUUUCCUGCUGCAGGUGGGAAAGGAGAUGGUGACGCCUCUGCUGCAAAGCAGGAACAUCGGCAGCUUGCCAGAGCCUGCUAGGGAGGCCGCAUGCCGUGUGUCUGGAAGAGGCCCCGGCAGCAGGAAGAGAGGCAGGUGUUAUGUGUGCCCUAGGAAAAAGGACAGAAAGGUCCAGCAGAAAUGUCCAAAGUGUGGGCUGUUUGUAUGUUCAGAACACAUGUUGUUCACCUGCUGUGAAUGUACAAACAAGUAAUUAUGAACAUGAGACUAACCAGUUAAGUUCUGCCAGACCAUCUCAUUGGAGGCGUUCAGGCACAGAGGGAAAGUGGCUUCUCUUUUCUCGGGCAUUGUUUACAUUGAUAUGAUACCUUGCUGUCCCUUUCCUUGACUGUUGUAUUAACUUCUGUCAUCUUGUAAGCUGCCUUAGGUGCCUCCCACUUUCUUUUUUGGCCAAUAAACUUUUUUAAAAAAAAACUUAAGUAGCAUAUUUUUACUUGUUAGGGUUUACCUGUUAUAAACUGAGGCUGUUCUUAGGAGCAGCCAGACCGGGUUAGGGCAGCCAAACCUGGGCUUGGCUGCCUAUGAGAACCGCUGGUAGCCCUGAGGCUCCCAGUGGAGCCUCAGCAGUGAGCCCACCUCUUAUAUUGAGGGUAAGGGAGCUAGCAUUCUGUUAACCCCAUUUACCUGAAAGUGUAAAGCGGCAACUGCUUUCAGCCACUUGACGGGCGCCCACCUG